AGUUUCUUAAUGAUACUGAAAGGUCACACGAGUAAUUUCACAUAACCAACUGCACAUUCUUUAGACCUUCGUCAAAUCGACGGCCAGUGGUGGGCGUCCAACCGAGACUCCAAUUUUGGAUUUAGAUAUUCGAAUUCAGCUCUCUUUUUUGGAACUUUGCAACAAAUUAAGGCCCUGCCCCUUUCUAAUUCUGUUUUCUCAUCCGGGUAAUCGUUGCUUCUCCAAAUUAAGCCCUAGUUCGCGCAAUAUUGCCAGUUGAAGAUCAAACCCAUUUUGUUCAACUUGGGAUCUGAAUUUCCUUGUCUGGGUUUUGUGAUAGACAAUGUUUAACGGCAUGAUGGAUCCCGAGUUAAUGAAGCUGGCUCAAGAGCGCAUGAGUCGAAUGUCGCCUUCUGACUUUGCAAGGAUUCAACAACAGAUGAUGGCUAACCCUGAGUUGAUGAGAAUGGCCACAGAAAGCAUGAAGAACAUGUCACCUGAAGAUUUGAAAAGUGCUGCAGAACAGUUGAAGCAUACCCGUCCAGAGGAAAUGGCUGAGAUUGGUGAGAAGAUGGCAAAUGCAACGCCUGACGAGAUCGCAGCUAUGCGCUCCCGUCUUGAUGCCCAAAUCACUUAUGAAUUAAAUGCAGCUCAGAUGCUGAAGAAACAGGGAAAUGAGCUUCACAGCCAAGGAAAGUUCAAAGAUGCUUUGCCGAAAUACAUGCUUGCAAAGAAAAAUGUACAAGGCAUUCCAUCCUCGAAAGGCAGAACACUCAUGUUAGCAUGCUCCCUUAACUUGAUGUCAUGUUACUUGAAGACAAGGCAGUAUGAUGACUGUAUAAAUGAAGGCUCUGAGGUCUUGGAGCACGAUGCAAAUAAUGUCAAGGCUCUUUACCGUAGGGGUCAAGCAUAUAAAGAAUUAGGACGAUUAGAAGAUGCUGUCUCCGAUUUGGGCAAGGCUCACGAGGUUUCCCCUGACGACGAGACUAUUGCAGAAGUCUUGAGAGAUGCCAAGGAGAGGCUAAAAAAUGGAGGUGGUGAGCAAAUGCCACAAAGAUUGAUCAUUGAAGAAAUAACUGAAGAAAUGCCAUCUGUGUCAUCAGAAAAUAAUGAAAAUUCAUCUACUGAAUAUUCUGUUAUGCAACCACGGGAAAGCAGUGGCUGUUCAAUGAGUCACAGUGAGACUGACAGUGGGGGCCCGACAACGAAUUCAGAGUAUUUGCAGGCCUUAAAAGAUGACCCUGAAACUGUCAGAUCGUUCCAGAAUUUCAUCUCUAAUGCAGAUCCUGACACACUGACUGCCUUAAAUGCUGGUAAAGCCGGAGAGAUACCCCCUGACAUGUUUAAGACUGCUUCAAAUAUGAUCAGCAAGAUGUCACCUGAAGAACUUCAAAGAAUGCUUGAAAUGGCUUCUUCAUUUCAGGAUACUGAUUUUAAGAACUUUAGACCUGGGUCAGUGCCUCCAAAUGUGAAACCUGAGAUGUUUAAAACAGCAAACGAUAUGAUUGGUAAGAUGUCACCUGAAGAACUUCAAAGAAUGUUUGAAAUGGCAUCAAGUUUGCAUGGAAGAGAAAGGGACUCAUCUACAACUGUGGCAUCUCUAAAUACAAAUGGAUCAACCCCAAAAACAAGGUCAAAAGUUGAAGUACAGGAAAAUUCUGCAUUUAGUGAAAAUCAUGUUGUAGGUGAAAGUAGUUCUUCUCAUUUGAGAGGUCUUACUCCUGACACAACUUUACCAAACCCAACUGCUGAUUUUCAAGAACAGAUGCGAAACCAAAUGAAAGAUCCUGCUAUGCGGCAGAUGUUCACAUCGAUGGUUAAGAAUAUUAGUCCAGACAUGAUGGCAAACAUGGGCGAACAGUUUGGACUAAAGCUCUCUAAGGAAGAUGCAGAGAAAGCUCAACGAGCAAUGUCAUCUUUAUCACCGGAGGACUUGGACAGAAUGAUGUGCUGGGCGGAUCGGAUCCAAAGAGGUGUAGAGUGUGCGAGGAAGGCUAAAAACUGGCUGUUGGGGAGACCUGGUAUGAUACUGGCAAUAUGCAUGCUUAUCUUGGCAAUCAUCCUUCACCGGCUGGGUUACAUCGGUAGUUGAUUUGGUUCAUCUGUAGUAGUAAAGUUGUACUGUGAAUUAGUCGAACAUCCCAACUCUGGCAGUUUUGGAGAGGAAUGUGCCCACAAUUUCUUUUUUGCAUUGCAGUACUUCUAAUAUAUUGUUUGAUAUGUUGAUAAUCCUUCUUACUCCAAUAAUUUCAGCGAGGGAGUGAUAGAAGUUAAAAGAGUGUCUCAAAAAAGAGACCCAAACUGUUGUACGCCUAGCACAUUUUGUCGUGUUCUGCUUUGUUACUCUCUGGGAUUGACGUCCUUGCCAGGUUAAGGUUGAUUGGAGACCA